AUGGACUCAUCACGAGGCCGCAAAGUCAUAGAAGGCAAAUUUCUGGAGGUCGAGAAGCAAGUGAGCGGGCUGGAAGGACCAAUCCAGGAGGUGAAGGACUCAUUGCAGAAAUUCGCGACCUUGAACCAAACCGUGGCCAAUGCCUCGCAAGGCCUUGAGUCAACCAAUUCCGAGCUGGCAGAGGUGGAGGAACAGGUAGCAGAUCUUCGAGACAAAACCGCCGAGAUGGACCACUCAGUCAGUUCUGUCCAAGGUGAAAGUGCCACGGCAGAAAUGCAUCUGUCGAAGCAGGUUGAAGACGUAACACAAGCCAGCAAAGACCUAAAGAUCAAAGCGGAAGGCGAGCAGCGGAAGGAUGUCGGAUUUGCCAAGCGUAUUGGUUCGGUGGAAAAACAGAUGAAGGAUUUGAACGAGACAGUUGCUGAUUUAAAUCAGACCGUGACUACCAUGACCGGCCCAUCAACAGGUCCAAGAAACGCAGAGGAGUCGAAGCAGGUUGGGGCCCUUCCCAUGAAAGCGGAUGAUCGGCCAAGCGUGUCGAAAAAGAGUUUGCGCUGA